AUGUCCAUUCGACAGGUUAAGGAAAUUAUUUUCCUUGGAACAGGCACGUCUUCUGGUGUUCCUUCAGUUGCAUGUUUGACCGACCCGGAAAAAAAUGUAAAACCUGUCUUUUCUGCAUUGAAAUGGUGGCCUCAUUAUGGAUUGCGCAAAAUUGAUGCAGUAAUAUUAACUCAUCCACAUGCUGAUGCGAUGAAUGGAUUAGAUGAUUUACGAGCUUGGACAUUACAUCAAAUAAUACAAGAUCAUAUUUCAAUUUAUCUGACAGAUGAGACUCAUACUUCUGUUAAGAGCUCGUUUCCAUAUCUAGUGGAUACAAAGCAAGCGACUGGUGGAGGAGAGUUACCAUCGUUCAGAUGGAAUAUUAUAAAUUCAAAGAGUCCAUUUACUGUCGAAGGAUUGGAGUUUACUCCACUGCCAGUUCACCAUGGAGUCCAUUUUUCAACAAACGAACCUUAUCUUUACAUUGGCUUCCGAUUCGAUAAUAUAUGUUACAUUUCUGAUUGUAGUUUUAUACCAGAAGACACACGCGAGAAAAUGCAUGGGAGUGAAAUAGUAAUUUUGGAUUCUUUGGAUUAUAAGGAGCAUACUUCCCAUUUUUCGGUACAACAGGCUAUUGACACAUCAAAAAAUCUAGUUCCUAUACCAAAAAGGACCUAUCUUACAGGCUUUACUCAUGCAAUAGAACAUUACACUUUGACUGAAGAGAUGGAAUUGUUAGAAGCAGAGGAGCCCGGAUUGUGGGUUAGGCCUGCACAUGACGGAUUAAAAGUUUAUAUUGAAGACUUGACUCUUUCAAACGGAUUAGAUAAAAAUUAA